AUGACCUCCCAGAAUCACACCCAGGGCCCUGGCCUCUCAUCCUGCCCUCCAAAUGUUCCUUCACUGCUCCUGCCAGCUUUUCCUGGGGCUGCUUUACUGGUGACCUCAGCUGACACCCCAGGAAGCAAGCUGAUCAUCAAGCUGAAACGAGAAGGACCUAUUAUGGGAGGUGCUGAGGAGCUGCCCCGAACUCAGACUUUCUUCCUGACAGGGAUGCCAUUGGGUUGGGCCACCCAGCGCCGGGAUGGGCCUGGUGGUCCUGGCAUCCGCACAGUAUUGUUGACAAAAGCCGGUGAGGAGCCAGGUGGUCGGAAACCCAGAGCACCUGAGGCUGUCCCAUCUGCUCAAGGGUCAUCUCCCAGUGACACAUCCUUUGCUUGUACAUCCAAGGGAGUUUAUGAGAAUUACCGGCGUUGGCAACGCUACAAGGCUUUGGCAAGGCGCCAUUUCCCAGCCACACCUGAUGCAGAAGCUCUUGCUUGUUUUUUCAUCCCCGUCCUCCGUUCACUGGCCCGCCUUCGUCCUGACAUGACCCUGGAGGAUGGGGUUCCCCGUGCUGUGCAGGAAUGGGAGCACAGCAGCAAUUUUGAACGCAUGAUCUUCUAUGAAAUGGCAGAAAAGUUCAUGGAGUUCGAAGCCGAAGAAGAACAACAAAUCCAAAAGAUGAAACUUUUGGCCACCUGCUCCCAGUUCCAAACCCCAGUCCCCAAACCCACCAAGCCGCCAAUGUCCCCUGCCCCUGAGUCUGGACAACAGCAAGUUUACAUCCCAAAGAAAUCAGCUUCCAAGAGCCGCCAGCCUCGACGUCGCCAGCGGCGCCCACCCAGCACUUCCAACCCAGGAGCACCCAGGGAGAUCCCUGCUGAGGCUGUGCACCAGUACGCAGAGAUCAUGGAAGGCCUGAACACCAGCUGGGAGGAAGAAGAAGUUGAGAAGAAAGAACAAGGGAUGUGCCAAGACACCCAUGACCAGGAGGAAGGGGUGUUCCCGGACCCUGCCCUGCUUCAGUAUAUUGAUCAGUUGUGUGACGACGAAGAAUUUGUUUGUAAGGUGGAAGCUGUUAUCCACCCACAAUUUAUGGCUGAUUUAUUGUCUCCGGAGAAAAGCCAGGAUCCCUUGGACCUGGUGGAAGAGUUAGCAGAUGAGUUAAACUUGACACCUAACCAGGUAAUAUUAACUGAGAAGAGACUUCUGGCACUGUCUGAAGAGGAAAGGGAGCCCUCCGUCUAUCCUACUUCCCAUUCUGAUUCCACUCCAUCACAAUCCGAGGAAGAAGAUGAGGUCAGUGGGCAGGAAUCACCAUCUUUGAUUGUCCAGAAUGGCCUUGAGAAACCCCAGGAGUCUCAGUGGCCACUCUCAGAUCAGGAUAAGGUCACUCCACAGAUGGAAAACCUUUCAAACGACAAAUGCCUAAAACCCACUCUAAAUCCUUCCAGCUAUAACACCGUGGGUGAGGCUGAUGGAGGGGCUUGUGGUCCCCAUGGAGAUUAUAUACCUGCACCCACCAGUGCAUUUCCAUCACAUCUUAGCCUCCAAGGCAACAGCAGUCAUGAAAACAAUGAAUUCAGCCCUACAACUCUAAGAUGUGAACCCCAUGAUUCAUUCCCAUCCAAAGUCUACUGGGAGCCAGUAACUUCAGAGAAAGAAAUGAGUAACUGGAAUCAGGUAGGAGGUGAUUUGGUCAAGAGGGUCACUGUGAUGAAUGUUAUGCUUCCAGAACUCCCUGGAGGAACCAUGGAAGGUAUUCUCAAAGAAGAAGAAGAGGAAGAGGAUGAUGAAGAGGAUGAAGAGCUGUCCAGUUUCUCCUCAUUACUUGCCUCCAAGCUCAAUCUCUCUCCCCACAGUGACCACUUAUUUCUCACAAUGGAACAAGGGGAUAUACUGACCUUUUCAUCCAUGGAUCCUGCAAAACAAGUCAAGCCAAGGCAUUGCUCCAGAGGUCAGUUACCCCAGAAUUCCACCUCUCUCCCAAACAAGAACUUGGAAGUUAAACCAUCUGUCCACCGUAGUCACAAGAGAAAGAGCAAUGCCAUAGGGACUCGGAGGAGCAAGCGUCUUCGCAACCAGUAACUGGGCCCCUUUUCCUAAGUGGGUUGUCAUUAGCAACCCUGGUAAAGUCCUUUUCGAUUCCUACACUGAUAGUGUCAUCUUCAUUAACCUGAGAUUUCAGUAUCCCAUCAUUGUUCGAAAUAUGACAGAUGAAAAGAUUGUACUGGAAUACACAAAUUGGCUUUUGUAUCUUUCUAGAAAUACUUCCUUUGAGAAAGACAUUCCCCCCCACCCCAGUUGUUCAUACUUCUCAGCAAAUUAAAAACAAUUUUAAAUCACUCGACUGGCUCUGCAGAAAGGGCUCCAAAACCAUCUUAUUUCUGCUGUUCAGAUAGUAAAGAUGGUUUUGUCUUCCUAAUUCCAGCUCAUAUUGAACUUGGGUGAACUGUGGCAAUCAGGUUUGGAAGAAAGAAGGGCCCAACCGAAAAUAAGAGAAUGGUUCCUGCAAAGUUGGAGAACUCCCAGCUGUGCAGAAAUGCCAGACUCAUGAACUAUUAGAAACUUGGAGAGGAUGGGAAGGGGAAAAUAACAAAUGAACUGCACGGUUAGAGAAAGCCAUGUUCUGUAGCUUUCAAAUUUAUGUAACAUGGAGGGGAUGUCAUAACUUGAGAAAG